GAGGCCAUAGAUCCCUUUAGUUCACUAACCCAAUACUGGAUGAAAAGAGGCACAAAAAGAGUUUGAUUUGCUUGCUUGGUUAAAGAUUAGCCACUACUUAGACUGCAAAGAUCAGUAACUGCGAACGGUUUAUAACCUGGAGAAGGUUAAUAUAGGCUGCAACCUUUGCACUGUGGCACACCCACAUUGCAGACACUCCGAAGAGGGAAACAGCAGCAAGAAACCAGACUUUCAAAAAUUAAUAUCCUUCAGAAAACAUUCUGUGACGGACCAUGUCAAUAAUUGGGCUGCAGUGUGUUGGUCUGGUGACGUUCUCAAUGGGGUGCUUGUUGGCUGUUAUACAAGCAAUGACUCCUUGUGAAAUCCUCAAUGAGGCCUCAGCAAUCUGCACUGGGAGGAAUCUUACAAGAGUGCCAAAAGAUCUUCCCACCAAUUUAACGCAUUUGGAUUUAUCAGGCAACUCAGUGGAUGCAACGGAUCUAGGAAACAAUAGGGGACUGUGGGCGCUCAGAGAUCUGGUUGUCCUCAACCUUUCAAAUAAUAACAUGCCGACUCUCCCCCCUGAGAUCUUUAUGAACCUGAAGAAGCUGAAGGUAUUGGAUCUGAGUCACUGCAAGAUUGAUUUGCUUCACCCCAAGGCUUUCAAAGGUCUUUUAAGUUUAAAGAUCCUGAUGCUGAACAACAACAGAAUAAAGAAUUUGGCAACUCAGUUCCUCAGUGACGCACAGGAAUUGUCAACAUUGAACUUGGCCAAUAACAAGUUGACCACAGUCACCAUCCAGUUGUUGGAGAAAUUUGAAAGAAUACAUGAGGUUCAACUGCAAAGAAAUUCUUGGGUUUGUGACUGCAAUCUGUACCCACUACAGAAAUGGCUGAUGCUACGAUUUGACCAUGCAGAGGAGAUACAGUGUGUGUUCCCGCCAGAACUCCAGGGCAAGGAUUUGCUGAAUCUAGACCUCUCAUCUGAGUCCUGCUCAGAAAAGUCUAAAAGAUUUCCUCGUCUUGCAUAUUUAAAUACGUCAACUUCCACGGUCACAGCUAUCACCAAUCAGACUUCAGAUGCACCACAAGCUGAAGGCGGCAAGGAAUGGUACUAUCUUAUCGGAGUUUUGGUCAUUGCUAUCGCCUUCUCAGCCUUGAUUGCAAUUGGUGUGAAAUUUAAACUCUUUCACAAAUACCUCACCAGCUACAGUCACCAGCUGUUACCAGAGCAAGACGCCAUCAGCCAAGACCACGACAUAUUUAAUGUGAACUUGCCACGCACUAGUGAGUUGGAGAACAUCAGAGAUACAACAAUGUAUCCACCUCAUGGUCUAGACGAAGAUGAUGGAUACAUUGAGGACAAUUACAUUCAAACAGAAGUGAAAGCUGAGGAUGAGCCAGAGAUGCAUGUUUCCAUUUAACAGAAACGUUCAAUUUGCUGCCACCUCAAACUCUUUCAAACUACUCUAAUUCAGGGUAUGUACUAUUUUUAAAAAAGGCCAACUUAUUUCUAAGGAGACUCCUAGGUCUCUUCUCUCUCUUCAUUGCAUAUGAUAGCCAAAGGUUUUUGCUCAAUGUCAUUGGAAAUUUUCUCUCCACUGUUCAUAAGAAAAGAAAAGGUAAAUGUCGGAUUUGGAAGAAAAUAGAAAAUGCAGGUUCAUCAACAUCAUAAUAUUGGAAAGGUCAAGUUCAAAUUCUCAUAACCAAAAUAACCUUUACUUGAAACUUUUCUACAUGUCUAAAACUGAUGCAAUGCCUGUACAUUCCCCUCUUCCCAGAUAAUUUGUCAUAGAGCCAAACUCUUCCACAUAACACAGGAAUUCAAAAAUACUUCCUCUAAUUGAGCCCUAUAAUACUUGCUGCUCAUGAUGAAAUCCCUGUAUGAUGAGAGGAGCAAGAAUUGCAUGAUUGGAUGACUGCAUUGUUGAGAAGAAUGUAAAAUAGUGAGAUUUAUCUUUGAGGGAAAAUGCGCAAGUACAGCAAUGUAGAAUUGAAAUAGAGCGAAGGGUACCAGUAGUAAAGAGAAUGAAAGACCAAAAUGUAUAUAGGCUAAAGUAUGAGAUGUGAGAGAUGAAACUAGGGAAAAGGAAAAAAAAAGUAGUAAUAUACCUUUUCCAAUUAUAGUCAAGGUUUCUUCAGAAAUUGCUUAUCUUCCUUAUCUUGCUUAUAGUGAGAAGCCUGGAUAGAGUGGACGUGGAGAAAACGUUUCCACUAGCAGGAGAGGCUAGGACCCAGGGACACAGCCUCGGAGUGAAGGGAUGACCCGUUAGAAUUAAGAUGUGGAGGAGUUUCUUCAGCCAGAGGGUGGUUAAUUUGUGCAACUCAUUGCUGCAGAAGGCUGCAGAGUUCAAGUCACUGAUUGUAAUUAAGACAGGUAGUUAGGUUCGACCCGAAACAUCGACUUUCCUGCUCGUCUGAUGCUGCCUGACCUGCUGUGUUCCUCCAGCUCCACGCUGUAUUGAC